CUCAUUUUUGCUUUCCCUUUACUGUCUCUCUCUCUUCCUCUCUUUCUCUCUCUGGUUUCCUCCAUUGCAAACCAAGCUUUCCUUUCCAGCUUUCUGAGGUCCCUCUCUCCCUCUCUCUCUCUCUCUCUCCUCCACAUUAACAAACCCCCCCACCAACUAUUUCCCUUUUUCUCUGCUUUUUCUGUCCCCUCUCUCAUCCUCUCCAUUAAAAAAAACUCUCUUUAUCUCUCUUCUCUCCUUUCUCUCCUCAUUCUCUCUCUCUCGAUACAUUCUCUUUCUACAUUUUCUCUUCAAAGAUUAGAUUUUUGUCUUGCCUUAUUUGCGCAUUUCAUUGAUUUCUUUCUCAAUUUCUUUUGGCCCACUUGAGGCCAUAUCCUUCUGCUUCUAAACUACUCCUCUUCAACUGUUUGGCUUUUGGGUUUUGGUGGGUUUGUACUAUUUCAACUCUGCAUUGGUCUAUCUAUGCUUAUUGAGUCUCUAUUGGUUCCAAAAGAGGUUAUUUCUCUGCUUCUCUGGGUUCUCAACGAAGAAGAUCAAGGGGACUGGACUAGGUUUAGAUCACUGAAAAGGGUGACAAUGGUUUAACUUUGCAUUGCAGUCCAAGAACUAAGCGAGGGGAACGUAAUUUUUGUUUUGUUUUGUUGUGUCUAAGUCACUGAAAAUGUCAUCUGGGAGCUUGAAUUCGGAAUUAUCAAAGAAAACAUCAUUUCUGGGCCUAAAACUUUGGGUUGUAAUCGGUAUAUGUGUUGGUGCAUUCAUAAUUUUGAUACUCUGUAUCUUAUCUUUGUGGGUCUCACUUCGAAGAAAAUCUAGAAGAACACUAGACAAGUAUCCCCUUUCUCAAAUACCCAAUGUCUCGAAAGAUAUCAAGGUUGACAAAGUUGGAGGUCAAAAUCAUCGUGAUAAUCCAGAGAGUUUAUUCCUGUCAGUUCAUGAUAAAUCAAGUGAUAAAAAUUCAGAGAAAAUGUCUGUUCAUUUGGGUAUGCACAAAUCAAGUGAUGCUGAUAAUAUCAGCCAAUGUAGCUCUAUGUUUCAUCAUGAGAGACGUAGUUCACAAUCAGGGGAAGAGGGAAAUUCCGGUACUAUUCGGAAGCAGUCUUCACUACUAUAUGGGCUUCCAAUGGCCUCUCCUUUAAUUGGAUUGCCAGAAGUCUCGCAUCUUGGGUGGGGUCACUGGUUUACUCUUCGAGAUCUUCAACUUGCAACAAAUCGAUUCUCACCAGAGAAUGUGCUUGGGGAAGGUGGAUAUGGGGUUGUUUACAAGGGCAUACUAGUCAAUGGGACUGAGGUCGCGGUCAAGAAGCUUCUUAACAAUUUGGGGCAGGCUGAGAAAGAAUUUAGGGUUGAGGUGGAGGCUAUAGGCCAUGUUCGGCAUAAGAAUCUUGUGCGGCUCCUUGGCUAUUGCAUAGAAGGAGUUCAUAGAAUGCUGGUCUAUGAAUAUGUGAAUAAUGGAAACAUGGAACAGUGGCUUCAUGGGGCUAUGCAACAAUAUGGUACCCUUACUUGGGAAGCCCGAAUGAAGGUUCUUCUUGGUACUGCUAAGGCGCUUGCUUAUUUGCACGAAGCAAUAGAACCAAAAGUUGUGCACCGUGAUAUAAAAUCUAGCAAUAUCUUAAUUGAUGACGAGUUCAAUGCCAAAGUUUCUGAUUUUGGAUUGGCCAAGCUCUUGGAUUCAGGAGAAAGUCAUAUAACAACUAGAGUCAUGGGAACAUUUGGUUACGUGGCACCGGAAUAUGCUAAUACUGGCAUGUUAAAUGAAAAGAGUGAUGUUUAUAGCUUUGGUGUCCUCAUGCUUGAAGCAGUGACAGGAAGGGAUCCUGUUGACUAUGGUCGGCCUGCAAAUGAGGUUAAUCUUGUUGAGUGGCUUAAAAUGAUGGUAGGGAAUAGAAGAGCUGAGGAAGUUGUUGAUCCAAACAUUGAAGUUCAACCCACAACACGUGCUCUAAAACGUGCCCUUCUGGUUGCAGUUAGGUGUGUUGAUCCUGACUCAGAGAAACGACCCAAAAUGAGUCAGGUUGUUCGAAUGCUCGAAGCUGAUGAAUUUCCUUAUCGCGAGGACCGGAGGAACAGGAAAAGCCGCACAGCUAGCAUGGAAAUUGAAUCCAUGAAGGAGAGUUGUGGUUCGGCUGACAUGGAAAGCAGGGUAGAACAACAAUCAGAGGGCCAUCAUAUAUCUGAGAUGACUCAUGGAUACAACUGACUUGACAGACACAUGACAUGACCCCAGUGAAUAUUUCUCGCCUUCUUACCCUUCCAACAUUAAAAAUUUCAGUAACCCAUGAAUAGAAAAUCGACAUGCAUUUUGACGUCUGUUUGUUUGGAGAAAUUUCCUGCGUGUCGGAGAGCUACUGGAUGAGGAUAGCCCAUAUGAAAUUCUCAAAGCACUAGCUGUUGUUUUGCUUCUGCCUUCGCCAGCAUAUAAUGGUAGAGAGAGAGAUGAUUGUCAUUCUUUUUGUCUUUUUUUCUUUUUUUUAAUAUUUUAAAUUACUGGUCUUGAGGUGGUGAAAAACCCUAAUUUGGUUUCACUUUUCCAUUAUUUCUUUUUCUUUUUUUGGUUUUAUGUUUUUGUUUAAGGUGUCUUGUUUGUUAAUUUAUCCAUUUGUGUAGUAUCUAUAAAAGUAUUGAAUCUAAUCAUUUCCUUUUUAACUUUAUUGCAUGCUUUGCUGCAGUAGAAUGAUGCUUACCACA